AUGGGCAACCAAGCUCUUCAGAUCAACAACGACCAGGUCAAUGGCGCCCACGCCGACAUUGCCAUCACCACCCAUGGCUCCGACUUUUACUGGGCGGUCUGCGCCGUCAUGACCGUCGCGACCUUCGCCUUCGUUGGCCUCGCUGGCACCAAGAAGCGAUCUGACCGUAUCUUCCACUACAUCACCUCCGGUGUCACCAUGGUCGCCGCUAUUGCAUACUUCUCCAUGGCGUCCAACCUCGGCUGGACCUCCAUCGACGUUGAAUUCGUGCGUAGCGACCCUGUUGUCAGUGGUUUCAGCCGUGAGAUUUUCUACGUCCGAUACAUUGAUUGGUUCAUCACCACCCCUCUCCUGCUCUUGGACCUGAUGCUCACGGCUGCCAUGCCAUGGCCAACCACCCUCUGGAUCAUCCUGAUCGACUGGGUCAUGAUCAUCACCGGUCUCGUCGGCGCGCUGGUCUCCUCAAGCUACAAGUGGGGCUACUUCGUAUUCGGAUGCGUCGCUCUCUUCUGGAUCGUCUACGUCCUCGUCUGGGAAGCCCGCAUCCACGCCAACGGCGUGAGCAGUGACGCGGGUCGCGCCUUCCUGUUCUGCGGCUCUCUGACCGCUUUCCUCUGGAUCCUGUACCCCAUCGCCUGGGGUCUCGCUGAGGGUGGCAACGUCAUCGCCCCAGACUCCGAGGCCGUCUUCUACGGUAUCCUCGACAUGCUUGCCAAGCCCGGUUUCGGUGCUCUGCUCCUCUGGGGCCACCGCAACAUCAGUCCAGCUUCGCUCGGCCUCGCCAUCAAGGACUACGGCUCCGACGACCACACCGUCAUCGAGAAGAAGGACGGCCACCACACCAAUGGCCACAGCACUGGCGUCACCAACGGCACCAACGGCGUCGACGGUACCAAUGGCGUGACUGCCACCAAUGGCCACACCACUGCUGAGCAGGUCGUCUAA